AUGGCUGGGCUAGCUUCUUUUGCCUACGACGUGUUCCUGAGCUUCAGAGGUGAAGAUACGCGAUAUGGUUUUACGGGAAAUCUGUACAGUGCUCUUAAUCAAAGAGGAAUCCAAACUUUCUUUGACGAAAAGGAUAUUCGAAAAGGAGAGGAAUUAACUCCAGCACUUAUGAGGGCGAUUAAAGAAUCAAGGAUCGCCAUUGUUGUGUUUUCUAAGAACUAUGCUUUUUCUACGUUUUGUUUGAAGGAAGUCACUGCGAUCCUAGAGUGCUAUGACAAGGAGAAGAAGAAGAAUGAUUGUGUAGUUUUACCAGUUUUUUACAAAGUAAAUCCUUCUGAUGUGCGACAUGGAAGAGGAAGUUAUGGAGAAGCGCUGGCUAAGCAUGAAGUUACGUUUAAGGAUGAGUUGGACAAGGUCAACAAAUGGAGGACUUCAUUAUACAAGGCUGCUAAUCUCAAAGGAUUUAAUUUCAAACAUGGAAAUAUAAAACUGUUUGCUAUUUUUCCAACUGGAGUCAUUAAUCAUUACUACAUAUACUAUUUCGAAUACAUUGAUAAGAGAGGGAUAUGA